GCUUCCAGACACAACUAAAUUUUAAAACAUCGCAAUAAGUCUGUUAACCACCACCUGCUGAACUUCCAGCACCUCAUCUCAGCCUGUGUGAGUCUCGGUCUCUCCCAAACUCUUCGUUGCGUCCUCCCCUGGCUCUGGGUACCAUGCAGAUGCAGGGACAGGAGGCCAAUGCUCCCAACUUGACCCUCUACCCCAUCUAUUGGGUCCUUCCUCCUUCAACAGCAGAGGAGGUCCACCAGGCUCCUGCUGCUGCUCCUGCUGCUGCUCCGCUGAGCUCCGGCUCCUCAGCGAAAAAAACGAUCGAAUAUAUUAAAAAGCCUCUCAAUGCCUUCAUGCUCUACCUUAAGGACCAAAGGCCAAAGGUCAAAGCUGAGCUGAAUAUCAAGAACAGCUCAGCUUUGAAUAAAGUCCUAGGCGAGAGGUGGACGUCUCUUUCUCCUGAGGAAAAGGACAAGUACUUCCAGCAGGCCCACCAGGAACAAAUGGCGUUCAAACAGAAGCAUCCUGGAUGGAGCUCCGCCCAAAAUUAUGGAAAGAGGAAGAAAAAGAGGGCUGUUGCUGCUUCUGAUGAAGAGUCUGAACCUGAAGACCUUAGCCCGACCAGGGUGCCAUGCUGUACGCCAGAAGGUUCAGACUCCGCCCCUCCUCCUCCACCCUCAGCAACCCAUGAUUUUGGACUAAACUUUAUUUUUUAAUAUUUCAAAAAGACUAUAAAAUAAAGUUUGUGAUGGAAAUCUU